AUGAUGAACUCUUAUUCUAGAACUAACAUUGUUCAAGAGUCACAGACGAAUCUCCCCUCCGUUCUUCUCAAACGCGCACGGAAUAUAACCGCCGAACAUGACAAGCUCGCAACCGAACUUGCCAAUGACUUCGACUCCAAGAUAGCUAAGCGUGUCGGCGAACUGUCGCGCGUCGCCGAGGCUCUGAAAGAGUGGGAAACCGCACAAUCUUCUAUAGUAGAGCUUAAUGCUCUCCUACAUUCACAGGAUACCGAGUUGCGUCAGUUAGCUAAAGAUGAAUUAUCCACGACAAAUGCCAAGUUUAAUUCUUUGGCCACUGCUCUAUCCGCCUCUCUCACCCCACGUGACCCCUUCGCUGAUAUGCCUUGCCUACUUGAAGUACGCCCGGGGCCCGGUGGUAUGGAAGGUCGAUACUUCGCAGACGCAGUAUUCCGCAUGUACCGGCAGUACUGUAUGCGUAAGGGUAUGCGCACAAACAUUCUAAAGUACGAGACGGUGGAUGGGGGUGAGUCCUUGACUGGUGGUUCAAGCGAAUCUCCGCUUCAAGAGGCGGUGCUCGAGAUUUUGGAUGUAGGCGCGUUCGACCAAUUCCGCGGUGAGGCGGGGAUGCAUCGCGUACAACGUGUUCCAUCUACGGAGACAAGUGGGCGCACACACACGAGCGCUGUCGCGGUAUGGGUCUUACCAUCGUUCCCUGAGGACGAGAGUGAGAUGCCUAACGAGCAGAGUUUUAACGAUCCCAAUAGUAUCUUUUACGUAGACCCGCGAGAGGUCAAGGAAGAGAAGAUGCGCGCAAGCGGGGCGGGUGGCCAGCAUGUCAACAAGACGGAGAGUGCGAUCAGGUUAACUCACGAGCCGACAGGCAUUACGGUGUCGAUGCAGGAUUCGCGGUCACAGCACCGUAACCGACAGUCGGCGUGGACACUGCUGCGAUCACGCAUCGGUCAGCGCCGGCGCGAGGAGCGCGAGGAAGAGGCGUGGGCUCUACGAAACAGCGUGCUAAGCAAAGACAAGAUCACUCGCGGCAAUAAGAUCCGCACCUACAACUACAGCCAGGACCGAUGCACUGACCAUCGGAGCGGUUUGGACGUACACAACCUACCCGACGUGCUAGAGGGUGGAGAAACACUAGACAAGAUUAUAGAUAGCGCGAAAGAAUGGCUGGUAAAGCGAGACAUCGAGGCGCUAAUCGCCGAGGAAGAGGCUGCUGCGGCGCCCACGACUAAGGGAGCAAAGAAGAUGAAGAAAUAA